AGUCUGUGGUAUUUUCUGGUUUGUCAGGCGGAGUGGGCCGCACGUGAAUUGCACAACAGAAAAUCAUUCAGUAGCGAAACGUCGCCCCAAUUAUUUAUCUAACUUUUUAAAAUUGUAUAAAACAACUUGUGUGGGUUUUUUUUUUUAAUAAAAUAUUAUUAACUUGCUAGGUUUUCCCUUUUGCCAUUUUGAAUAUUAAGACAAAAUGCCGAAGAAAGUGAAAACCCAGGACUUGGAUGAUGGAGAGGCGAAGCAGCAGGACAAAGUGGUGAAGAAAGGAAAAAAAGAUAAAAGGGGCAAAAAGUCGUUCUUUGAGGAGCUAGCUGCUGAUGACAAGCAGGAGAAAGAUGAGGAGCCUGCAAUCAAAGAGCAGAAUAAACAGCCACAAAAAAAGAAAAAAGACAAGAAGAAAGGGCGAAUGAAAGCAGACGACGAUGAUGAUGAUGAUGAUGAAGAUGUGAUGGAAAAGUUGAAGAAGCUGUCGGUGCAGCCCAGCGAUGAGGAAGAGGAAGUUAUUCAGUCCGUUUCCAAAGGAGGCAAGAAAAAUAAGGGAGGAAACUUGUUUGCAGCUCUGAGCCAGGAACAGAGCGAUGAUGAGGAGGAGGGAGAGGAGGCAGAGAAGUCCAGAAAACCUAGCAAGACAGACAAGAACAAGAAGAACAAGGUGAUCUCUGACAAUGAGGAGGAGGAGGAGGUAGGACAGAAGAAGCAGCAGCAGGGCAGGAAAGGAAAGAAGAACGAGAAGCCCAAGAGCAAAAAGACUGCUUCUGAGGAUGAAGAGGAGGAGCACGAGGAAGUGAAGGAGCACGAGGAAGAGAAGAAAGAUUUUGAAAAGAAAAAAAAGAAAGGAAAGAGAAAUGAGAAUGCAAAACAGCAAACGAAAGGAAAGAACUCUGCAGCUCUGAGCGAUGAAGAGGACGAGGCAGCGGAGGAGAAGAAGAAGAAACAAAGCGAAGAGCAGAAACCGAAAGCAAUCCCAAAGGGGAAAGGAAAGCAGGGUGGAAAUAAGUUUGCCCCUUCCGAUUCUGAGGAGGAAGAGGAGGAGAUGGAAGAGACGGAGGAGCCAAUGGGCAAAGACAAAGGAAAGGCCAAGGGUGAAGAUGAUGAAGAUAUGGAGGCUGAGGAAGGGGAGGCUGAAGGGAAGGGUAAAGAUGCCAAUGACCCCUAUGCCAACAUGAGCAAGAAAGAGAAGAAAAAGAAGAAGAAACUGAUGGAGUACGAGAAGCAGGUGGCGUCGAUGAAGGCGACAAGUGCAGCAGAGGGAGAUUUCUCAAUCUCCCAGGCUGAGAUGUCCUCGCGGCAGGCCAUGCUUGAGAACGCCUCCGACAUCAAGCUGGAGCGCUUCAGUAUUUCUGCUCAUGGGAAGGAGCUGUUUGUAAACGCUGAUCUGCUGAUUGUCGCUGGGCGACGCUAUGGUUUAGUUGGACCCAACGGGAAAGGCAAAACCACUCUGCUGAAACACAUUGCCAACCGGGCCCUCAGCAUCCCACCCAAUAUAGACGUUCUGCUCUGUGAGCAAGAGGUGAUAGCAGACGACACCCCAGCGGUGCUGGCUGUUCUGAAGGCCGAUACGAAGCGCAUUAAACUGCUGGAGGAGGAGAAGCAGCUGCAAUCCCUGUUGGAGAGGGGGGAGGACUCGGCCGCUGAUAGACUGGAAAAGGUGUACGAGGAACUGCGAGCGAUCGGGGCGGCAGCGGCAGAGGCCAAAGCUCGUCGUAUCCUGGCUGGGUUGAGUUUCACCCCCGAGAUGCAGAACCGACCCACCAAGAAAUUCUCUGGAGGCUGGAGGAUGAGGGUGUCUCUCGCCAGAGCCCUGUUUAUGGAGCCCACGCUGUUGAUGUUGGAUGAGCCCACAAAUCACCUGGACCUCAAUGCAGUCAUCUGGCUGAAUAACUACCUCCAGGGUUGGAAGAAGACUCUGCUGAUAGUGUCCCACGACCAGGGAUUCUUGGAUGAUGUUUGUACCGACAUUAUUCACCUGGACUACCAGAAGCUGUUCUACUACAGGGGCAACUACUUGACGUUUAAGAAGAUGUACGUCCAGAAGCAGAAGGAGCUGCAGAAGCAGUAUGACAAACAAGAGAAGAAGUUGAAGGAUCUCAAAGCGGGAGGGAAGUCAACCAAGCAAGCUGAGAAGCAGACUAAGGAAGCGCUGACGCGGAAGCAGCAGAAAGGUCGCAAGAAGAACCAGGAGGAGGAGGGGCCUGAGCAGCUGGAGCUGCUGAAGAGACCCAAAGAGUACACAGUGAAAUUCACCUUCCCAAACCCACCUCCGCUCAGCCCGCCCAUCCUGGGACUGCACACUGUCGAUUUUGGGUACGAGGCACAGAAGCCACUGUUCAAGAAUGUAGAUUUUGGUAUCGACAUGGAGUCCAGAAUCUGUAUUGUGGGACCCAAUGGAGUGGGGAAGAGUACCCUGCUGCUGCUGCUGACAGGCAAGCUGAGCCCGACUAGAGGAGAGAUGAGGAAAAACCACAGGCUGAAAGUGGGGUUCUUUAACCAGCAGUAUGCAGACCAGUUGAAUAUGGAGGAGAACGCCACAGAGUACCUAAUGAGGAACUUCAACCUGCCCUACCAGGAUGGGAGGAAGUGUCUGGGCCGGUUCGGGCUGGAGAGCCACGCUCACACCAUCCAGAUCAGCAAGCUGUCAGGAGGACAGAAAGCUCGCGUGGUGUUUGCUGAGCUCUCCUGUCGGCAGCCUGACGUUCUGAUUCUGGAUGAGCCUACGAACAACCUGGAUAUAGAAUCAAUCGAUGCCUUGGCUGAAGCAAUCAACGAGUACAAAGGAGCGGUGAUCAUUGUGAGUCACGAUGCUCGGCUCAUCACGGAGACAAACUGCCAGCUGUGGGUCGUGGAGGACCAGUCUGUGAACCAGAUCGAUGGGGACUUUGAUGAUUACAAGAGAGAGGUGCUGGAGUCUCUCGGGGAAGUGAUGGUCAACAAGCCCCGAGAAUGAGGAUCUACCACAGCCUGAGACUGGGGGUGGGGGGGUUACAGUUACCCAUUAUGUGCCACAGAUUGGGGACACCAGCCAUGUGACUGGGGGGAAGGAAGUGAGGGACUGAGAAGAGGCAAGUAGUGAAUUAAAGACACGCAACAUCCAGAUAUUUCUUUCAAAGGACUUCUUAUCAUUAAUUCUACUCAUCUUGGAUUAAGGGACAGCAUUUUUAAUUGUUAUUUUGCUCCUUCUGAUCAGCUUGACAUGAAUUCUGAGGUAACCGCAAGAAAUGACUAUCGCAUUGAAUUUUGGUGAAUGCCUUUAUUGUCAGUGUUACACUGAAGGCAUGAGCCAAAGCAUUUCUCGAAACUGCCUUGGUUUCUUAGUUUUAUAUAUUGAGCGGAACAUCAUCAUCACUGCUCUGUCAGUCCCUUUCUAUUUUGGAGAUCAGAUACUCCUGUAUUAAGACCAAUUCUUGAUAGGGUUAUUUUAUUCAGUCUCUUCAAGCCAUAACAUCCCAUUGGGAUUCCACUCCAUCUUGAAUGCACGUGGGAUACUAUAUUUUGCUGAGCUUAACUUGAGUCACCGUGAAAUUGGACUUUUCAGUUUAGAUUUUACUGUCUCUGCAAUAGAGCAAGUAUUCUGUGCUGUAUCUACUGUAUGCUGAUUCACAAAAUGUGACAAGCAGGUCCAUGCAGUGACAAGAUAUGUUUGGUGUUUUUAAAUGCCCCUCAAAGUAUUAUCACAAGCAGUGCUGUUGUCAUUUCUUGCCACAAUCCAGAACAUGUUGAUGAUUUUUGGUUAACCACCACCCACCUGCAUUGAAUAUUUUCACUCAUGCCUUUUGUUUAUACUAAUAAAGUAUCAGUGGUAAAUUGA